AUGACAGAUCAAACCGAAUUACCAACAGCACCAGAUGAUACUACAGAUGCAUCAAGUGAAGCAACAAUAAAUGAACCAUUACCUUUCUUUAAAUUAAUUGAAAAUUUGAAAAAUGGAGCAAAAGAUGCAAUUGAAACCAAAGAUUAUUUUUCAUAUGAUACAUUAAUUGAAAUCUAUUUAGAUGACCCAUCAAGAUUUUCAAAUGAUGAAAAAGAAGAAAUCAUGUCUACUUUACUAGAAAUUUUUAAAUCAAAUGAUACACUUGUAUAUGAGAUUGGUUGGGAUGUACCAAGUUUAAUUUUACCAUAUAUUGAAUCGGAUUAUGAUUUUACUGAAGGUAUAAGAAGUUCACCAUGUGUUUAUACAAUUUUAAAGAUAUUUGAAUUAUUAGCAACAAAAGGAAACCCCAAGGAGUUAGUUUUAAAAGGUUGUGAAAUUUUAAGUAAUUUAAAAACAAGUGUUGAAGAUGAUACGUAUGAAAAUAUUGAAGUAUCAAAUAAAGAAAAAUUUUUUGAAAUUAAAAUAUAUUGUAUUGUUGAGUUAAUUGAUUCUUCAUUAAGAAGAUUUGCAAAUUUGUAUCCAUCAAGAAUAUUAGCAAUGAUUAUAACUUCAUUCCUCAACCUUUUAAACAAUUUAGAUAAUCUGGAAUUUAUAACUCAUUCAAUUUAUGAAUUUGUAUUAAAAAGAGCUUACAGUUUUAUUAGAAAUUAUCAUAGACCAGAAAUACCUGAAAAAUCAAAAGAAGAAUAUUCACAAGAAGAACUCAAAAAAAUUAUAGAUGAUGAGAAUUAUUUAAUACGUAAAUUAUUGACUGGAUUUAUAACUAAUUUGAUUUAUAUGACAUCUUUAAAAUAUGUUGAAGGAUUUGGAUUGAGUCAUUAUUAUUUUAUAAGAAAGCAAAAUGAGAAAUUGCCAGAUUUUAAUUGGGCUAAUAAAAUAUUGGAAAGAUAUGUUGAAUUGGCUUAUCUGUUUGAUCUAUAUUUAGGUAACAUAUUCCAAGAAUUUAUAAAAGAAAAUAAUGAAUUUUUCUCAAAACUCGACACCAAAAAAGCUGAUGAUGAUGAUGAAAGUACUGAAACUUUAUUUGAGAAAUGUGUGAUUGAUUAUCAAUUAAACUUAUAUACAAACAUUGUUAAUCAAGAGAGUAAAAAACUUAUUGAUUCUAAAUUAGGUGAAUUAAUAUUGUAUACUUACAAAAUAACUGAAGCACAUGAGUUUGAUAAACCUAGAGUCACAAUGACGGACGCUAUCUAUUUAACUAUAAAAUUAGUAGUUCCACAAAUGGUUGAGCCAACUUUUAUACACAAGACAUUACAAGAUUGCUGUAUAUUUUGGAUAUGGUACGCAUUAGAACAAAACGAUGCAGAAACAGAAAAAUUGGAAAUUGCAUCAAUUCCAAAAAAUCAAUUAAUUACAUUUUAUCAAUGUUUACUAUUUAUAAUAAUAACUAUAGAUUAUCAAGUUUUCAACUAUAUGGCAUUAACAUUAUCUACAAAGUUAUUGAUUUUAACUCCUGAAGAUAUAGGUUAUCAAUUUAUAAAAGAUUCAUUAGAAAAUUGUCCUUAUGAAAAAAUACGACCAUCCUUAAUUGGUAUAUAUAAAGAGCUUUUAUUGAAAGUCAAAAAUCCCGAAGAUGAAAUUAAUGAGUUAUCAAAAAUAUCAUUGAAUAAUAAUAAUGCUCCUGAUUUACCGCCUCGUCAAGUAACAAAAUCACAAUCAAAUAGAUAUUAUAAGUUCGAUGAAGAUAGAUUAGAUGAUAUUUUAGAAUGGGUUCUUAUGGCUCAAUCUAAUGCUUUCAUAGAAGAAGCUAAAGAAAAUAGUGAAGGCAAUACUAGUAAUUUAAAGAUCGAAUCUACAAAACUAUCGACAUUAGCAUCAGUAUUAAAUUUAUUAGUCGCAAUAAAAAAAGAUCCAAUUUGUGUUGCAAACAAGGAUAAGAUAAACAAGAUUUUAAAGUCAGUUGAAAAAAACACCAAGAUAAUUAAUGAAACAUCAUCAAACCAAUAUGAAAAAAAUGCAGCUGGAAUGAUUGAUUUAACAAUAGAUAGAAUUAAGGAAUAA